AUGUUUAUAAACUUGAAACAAGCUCUACUGCGAUUCAAAUUUCGCUUUAAGAUCUUUUUCCGUCUUGAUGGUUCUCGGAGACAUCACAAACUAGCUGAUGACCACUGGAGACGGUUCGAGCAAUCAGGCGAACGGGAAGAUCUGGAAACGUCCAUCAAUCACUGUUGCACCGCUCUCAAGCUGCGUUCUGAAGGUCAUCCAGGCCGGUUGCAGUCGUUGUUUUGCCUUGCUUUGUCUCUUUAUACACGAUACGAACGAUGGGGUCAAACGGGGGAUCUCGAUGAAGCCAUCAAGCUGUACCGGGCCGCCCUGGAGCUUCGACACGAAGGUCAUCCUCUUCACUGUGCAACUCUGAACAACCUUGCGAACUCCAUGCGCGCAAGAUUCUUGCAACAUAGACGUAUUGAGGACAUUGAAGAAGCUUUCGUGUUUGACCGAGCUGCUCUGGAGCUCCGCCCUAAAGGCCAUCCUCUUCGUUCCAUGUCACUGGACAAUCUUGCGGUUUCCCUGCGCAUACGGUUCUUGGAGUAUGGAAGUCCUGAGGACCUCGAGGAGGCGAUACAGUUGAACCGAGCCGCCCUCGAAUUUCGUCCCGAAGGUCAUACCGAUCGUUCUGUAUCUCUGGCCAACCUUGCAGCUGCCAUCCAUAUUCGAUUCUCACUGAAUGGGCGGAGUGAGGAUCUUGAGGAAGUGGUCAAUUUAGAGCGAGCCGUUCUGGAGCUUCACCCCGAAGGCCAUCCUUUUCGUUCUAUAUCUCUGAACCGGUUUGCAGUUUCUCUGCGCACACGGUUCUCACAAUGUGGACGGAUCGAAGACAUAAAUGACGCCAUAGAGCUGCACCAAACCGCUCUGAAGCUUCUCCCCGACGUCCAUCCUGAUCGUCCUAUGUCUAUGAGUGACCUCGCGUGCUGCCUGAGAAUUCAGUUCUGCCAGUAUGGAUGGACUGAGGAUGUCGAGGAAGCUGUCAAGCUGCACCGAGCCGCUCUGGAACUUCGUCCUUAUGGCCAUCGUCUUCACUGUGUGUCUCUGAACGAACUUGCAAUUUCUCUGCGCCUACGGUACUCGCAGGAUGGAAGGAUCGAAGACCUCAAGGAAGCCAUCGAGUUGCACCGAGCCUCUCUUAUGCUUCACCCCGACGUUCAUCCUGAUCCUAUUAGGCUGCUCCGAAGCGCUCUGGAGCUUCGUCCGGAAGGCCAUCAUCUUCGCUAUGUGUCCGUGAACGAGCUCGCAGUUUCUCUGCGCAUGCACUUCUUGCAGGAUGGACGGAUCGAAGACCUCAAGGAGGCCAUCGAGUUGCAUAAAGCCACCCUGAAGCUUCUCCCCAACACCCAUCCUAAUCGUUCUAUAACUCUAAGCAACCUUGCAUGUUGUUUGAGAAUCCAAUUCUCGCAGUAUGGACGAACUGAGGACAUUGAGGAAGCUAUUAGGCUACUCCGAAGAGCUCUGGAGCUUCGUCCGGAAGGCCAUCGUCUUCGAUAUGUGUCCCUGAACGAGCUUGCAGUAUCUCUGCGCAUACGCUUCUUGCACGAUGGACGGCUUCUCCCUGAAGGUCAUCCUGAUCGUUUUAUAUCUCUGAGCACCCUCGCGAAUUCCUUGCACACUCGAUUUGGUCAACAAGGAAAGGCUGAGGACCUUGAAGAAGCGGUUGAUUGUCACCGAGCUACUCUACUUCUUCUACCGGAGGGACAUCCUUUUCGUGCUACAUCACUGAAUCGUCUUGCAACUGCACUACAUACUCGAUUUGAGCAGCAUGGGAGCACCGAGGACUUGGAUGAGACAAUCAAGCUAGAGCGAACCGCUCUGGAGCUUCGUCCGGAAGUCCAUCCUGAUCGUUCUAUGUCUUUAGGCAACCUUGCAAUUUCGCUACACACGCGAUUUGGUCAUCAGGGAAAGAUAAGGGACCUUGAGGAAACAGUUGAGCUACAUCGAGCUGCUCUGGCGCUUGUACCUGACGGGUAUCUUGAUCGUUCUUCGAUCCUAAGAAAUCUCGGAAAUUCCUUAUGCCAUCUAUUUGAGCAGCAUGAGAGGACCGAAGUCCUUGAUGAGGCGAUUAAGCGGCACCAAGCUGCUCUGGAGCUUUGUCCCGAAGGCCAUCCUGAUCACUCAAUUUCUCUAUACAACCUUGCAGUGUCGCUGAGUGUUCGAUUCGAGCAGCACAGAAGGACUGAGGAUCUUGAGGCAGCAAUCAAGUUACAUCGGUCUUCCCAGGAGCUUCACUCUAUAGGCCACCCGCUUCGUUCUAAGGCGUUGAGGAACCUGGUCACUUGCUUAUAUGCUCGAAUCAGGCAACAAUGGCAUGCGGAAGAGUUCGAAGAGUGUAUGCAAUUGUUGGAGCUUGCUGCUACUCAUACAUUUUCGGGGGUAUUGGAAUGUCUGCUUGCUGCCCGCAAAUGGGCAAAUCUUGCACGCUUGCAUAACCAUACCACCACCUUCACAGCUUACAAGGCGACUCUAUCACUACUUCAAUACGCUCUAAAUAUAAGCCCAACCCUCCAUGCACAACAUGACUUCCUUCUCAGUCGCAGUAAUUACAGAAUACUCAUCUUGGAGGCGGCUUCUUACUCAGCAGAUACAAAUAAAUUAGAGCAGGCCAUAGAGAUACUUGAGCAAGGAAGAGGGUUGCUCUGGUCACAGUUGCGCGGCUUCAGGGCUCCUCUGGAUCAACUUGCAGAAACGAACAAAGAACUUGUUGACAGAUUCAGGGGUGUCAACGGAUCACUUGCUCUAAACAUGGGAACAGAGCCGAAAUUGUUUGACGAGCUGUUGAAAUUAAAGAAACGGCUUUCAAGCAAGCAAGAGGAGAUAAUCCGCGAGAUUCGGCAAUUUCCAGGAUUCGAAAACUUCCUUGAAGCCACACCGUUUAAACAACUGCAGCAAGUAGCCCUGGAAGGGCCCGUCAUCAUGGUCAACCAUUGUAGAUAUCGUUCUGAUGCUCUCAUCAUCCUAACCCAGGGCGCUUCAUCAGUUGACUGUGUUCCGUUAGAUGGAGAAUUCUAUUGGGAUAGUAUUAAGCUAUGUGACGCGCUCUUGGAAACGCGCCGACGGGUCGGAGCUGAUUCACCAGAGUAUGAUAGGAAACUCCAGGAGGCGAUGAAGAUGCUAUGGGACAGAGUCGUCUCCAAAGUUGUUGUCAAACUGAAGGAGCACAAAAUUGCCGAAGGAAGUCGCAUUUGGUGGUGCCCAACUUCAAUUUUAUCCAUGCUUCCUUUCCAUGCUGCAGGACCAUUUGAAGACGCCGAUGGGGCGCCGAAAUAUCUAUUGGACGAUUAUAUCUCUUCAUAUAUUCCGACACUCGGAGCCCUCAUCAACGCACGAUCAGGUGCCAGCGAAGAUGAAUCCACUGUACUUAUAGUUGGGGAUACAUCUCUUCGGUCAGCUAGGCAGGAGAUUAGAAAUAUCCGAAAUUGUGGGAAGAGUACCAAGCUACUUGCCAGUAAGAAGGCAUCUCGUGGUGCAGUGGUCGAUGCCCUCCGGGAAGAAAAAUGGGUUCACUUUGUUUGUCAUGGAAAUUUACGCCAAGAGCCUUUAUACUCUUCAUUCAAGCUAUCGGAUGGCGAGCUGACAUUACUAGAUAUUGUCCAAACUAACCUCCCGAAUGCAGAGUUUGCAUUCCUUUCUGCAUGCCAUACUGCUGAACAACCUCACGACGGUGCGCACGACGAAGUCCUCCACCUCGCAGCGGCCAUGCAAUUCUCUGGAUUUCGAAGUGUGAUUGGUUCGAUGUGGGAACUACUCGAUGAGGAUGGGCCUGCAUUCGCUAAGACUGUUUAUGAAUACAUGAACGAAUGCGAACCGGGCGAGGCGAAAUAUAAGAGGGCAGCUGCAGGACUUCGCAAGGCGGCUUUGGAGUUGAAAGCGAAGGAUGGGAUUUCGACUGAACGAUGGGUCAAUCUUGUGCAUAUAGGCGCUUAA